AUAUCGUGACGAGCGUAUUCUCAACCAUUAAAAUUAAUGUCUUCGUGUGAAGCCGAGACCGGGGAUUGCUAGUAUAAGUAGUGACAAGUAGGGGGUAGAACGCCGAGGGUCUCUCUCUCCCUCUUUGCAAACGGCACGGAAGUGUUCGUCGUCGGUCCGUCGGACGACGGGACGACGGCAGUGUUUCGCUUGCGCAGCAGCGUGUCACAUCGCGCCAGUUUCGAGAGACCCUCGUCAUCGGAAGCCCCGCCGAGUCUCGGGCGAGGGAGCGGCGAGUCCGUCUGCGCUCGUGAUAAAGUCGCGUGAGCAUAAUCGUUGCGGGAGAAAGAACGUAGAGAAAAAGAAAAAAGAAAGGGCGGAAAGCUCGCGUGUUCGAAAUCCGUCUCGUGUCGUCCCGCGUUCGUUGUCCCUACGGCCGCGGAAGAUGGCUCCGUCGUGUUUCGAGGUGAUCCUCGUCGGCUUUAUCCUCGUGCUGCCGUUUCUCUACGAGACCAGCCGCACCUUCCGCUAUUACUUCAAGUUCCUCAUUUAUUACGGCGUCGUGAUGAUGAUCGCAGUCGUGCUCAUGCCCAUCCUCUCGUUGCGGCCUGGCAAUAUCAAGAACUUCCUAAUAGCAUCGUGGUCGUGUCAAAGCAUUAGUACUCUACUAGGACUACGAUGGGAGCUACGAGGAAGGGAGCACUUGGAGAAGAAUAGAGCUUGUAUAAUUGUGGCAAAUCACCAGAGCUCAUUAGACAUAUUGGGAAUGUUUGAUCUUUGGCCGGUGAUGGACAAAUGCACUGCCGUUGCCAAAAAAGAAAUUUUCUAUGCAUGGCCGGUCGGUCUGGCCGCAUGGUUGUGUGGUCUAAUUUUCAUCGAUAGAAUGAAUUCCGAGAAAGCGCGAUCCGCCCUCAAUACCGCCACGAAGGAAAUCAAGGAUAAGAAGAUUAAACUGUGGAUAUUCCCCGAGGGAACUAGACGUAACACUGGUGAGAUACACCCAUUCAAGAAGGGUGCCUUCCAUGUCGCAAUCAGAUCGCAGUUACCCAUACUACCAGUCGUAUUCUCUUCUUAUUAUUUCUUAUCCGCGAAAGAGAAGAGAUUUGAUUCCGGACGCAUCGUCGUGACGACAUUACCACCCAUUUCAACUGAGGGACUCAGCACGGACGACGUAGAAGAAUUAAUGGAAAAAACACGAAGCACCAUGAGUGAAGUAUUUCAUGCGACAAGUCGCGAAAUUCAACAAUCCCUUCCUGUUCGGUAAGAAUACAUCGAAUGAUCAUUAUUAGGUUGUAACGGGCUUAUCUUAUAAAAAAAUGAGCAAAUGUAUGCUUACUUCUUUAUAAGCCGUGAAGGGAAAAAUUUUUACGAAACAUAGGUCGAGACAAGAUCUGUGAGAACGGAGGGUUUUUUAUUCUUCAAACUAACAAUACCACUCUGCAUCCCACUAUAAAUAUUUACGAAAAAUUAAGAAUUUCUAAGUUUUUAUGAUCUUAUAUCAAUCUAUUUUUUCGUAAAAAUUUUUCCACCAAAGAGAAUAUUAGUAAAUAAGUCUCCACGCGGGAACCAAAGACUUAGUGUCCGAAUAAUGUUUUCUUAUUGUUAUAUAAUCUUAUUGGUAUAUAGUAGUAUCAUAGUAUCCUAAUUUAUAUUUUAAUCUCUCCGAUUCAGAAAAAGUAGAUAAUAUUCGAAUUUGUACUCGUCUACAUUCUUCUUAUAUUUUAAUUUGUUUAUUUAUUAUUGGAUAAAUCUCGCGAGAAUUUAAACAAUUCUUCAGCAUUUAUGAUUAAUAAAGACAUCGAGUAAUCUUUAUUGUCAUAUCAUCUAUAUUUGAGAUAUCUGGAUGAUUUGGUGAUUCUUGCAUAAAACGAACUUCACGUAGUACAAUAGCGCCUACAAAGCACUUAGAAAACGCUUUCUAUGUGCUACUGUGCUACGUAUGUUUUUAGUUUAAAAAUAUGUAUUUUGAAGCAAAAGGAAAAAAAUGCGUGUGGUAAAAUAAGUAUAGUCAGAAGAGUUAUAUACAUCGCUGAAGAAUUACAUAAAUAUCAUUAUUAAUUAGAUGUAAUUUAAAAAAAAUUGCAUACGAUAAAUUCUUAAAGUAUACGGUAUAUACUCUUUACGGACGCGAAGGUAGUGAGAGAAAAAAAAGAAAUUUUCGAUAUGUAUAUCAUUUUCGUAGAGUUACGGAUUGUAAAUAUGAUUAGAAUGCAUUUUUGUAUAAAUUGUGGAAACAUUGUUGACGUUUAUACUUAAAGGUUUGUACUAAAUUCCACUAGAUAUAUUUUGAUAUGUAUAAGAUACGCUUGUACAUUCCCACUUGUUUGUUUUAUGCUUCCAUUUGUUUUCAUGUGAUUAUCUAAAGUGAUUAAAACAGAUAAAGGUACAUGUAAUGAUAGGAAAAAAAUGCUUUAAUUCUAAAUAUUUAAAAGAGAGAAGUUUUAACAUUCUUUCGAAUAAUUUUCCGAAUGUAUAUUUCCUCUGAAGUAUAAAGUGAAAUUUAAUUACAAUUGUUAAUUGAUUCGUCAUUGUAAAUCGAAAUAAUUAUUCAUAAUCCAGAUAAUAAGAAAAAUGAUAUUUUAAUCGACAUUAAGCCUCAAGCACAUUAUAUUCACAUUGUGCUGCAAUGUACAUACAUACGUUUUCACCUAUUAGUUAUGAUUGCGAUAUUGCGAAAAUGAUCUUGUCGAUAUUAAACUUUAGUCCUUGGGCAUUUUUUAAAUAAUCUAUUGCACUUUUAAUUGAAAUACGUCUCUAUUCUCUAUGUAUAUUACAUAUAACAUGGGUGAAAUGUCACAUUCAACAUUAAAAGAUUAUAAUAUCAUUUACACUAUUUUCCAAAUAGCGAUUGUGUUCAGUUUAGCAUAGCUUAUAUAAUAACUUAUCAGCAGCGAUUAAUAAUAAUUGACCAAGGAAACCUAGUUCUUGGCAAAACAAGCAUUAUGUAAUUGGGCUUGUAUUUAUCUUCCAAGAAUGAUUUCUAACAUUCAGUAUACUUAUUGGCAAGUGCCUCGUUUUUUAAUAUUCUACAAAA